AUGAUGUUUUGAAAAUUAUUCAGAAUGACGGUUUCACCAUACUGAUGCAGAGAAAGAUAAUUUUAUCAGAGGAAGAAGCCAGAACAAUGACCAAGGACUAUGAGGAUGAAGAGUAUUUUAAUAAUCUUUUAUCUUACAUGUCUAGUAAUCAAUCUUACAUCCUUGUUCUGUUGAGAGAACAUGCUGUGAAAUAUUGGAAAGAUUUAAUAGGACCAAAAAAUGUUGAGGAAGCUUAUACAGUUUUUCCAGAGAGUUUAUGUGCACAAUUUUCCAAAGGAACUUUUCCUAUUAACCAGUUCUAUGGAAGCAGUUCCAAGGAAGCAGCUGAGAAGGAAAUAGAAUAUUUCUUCCCUCCUCAGACAACACUGGCAUUGAUUAAACCUCAUGUGACCGAGGAACAAAGAAUGGAGAUCCUGAAAACCAUUAAGGAGGCAGGAUUUGAGAUAACCCUGCUGAAGGAAAUACACUUGACUCCUGAAUAUGCAAACCAAGUUUAUUACAAAAUAACAGGAAAGGACUUUUAUAAAAAUGUGGUGGAAGCCUUAUCUUCGGGCAUAUCUGUAAUCAUGGCUCUGACCAAGUGGAAUGCUGUUGCAGAAUGGAAAAAAAUGAUGGGUGCAGUAGAUCCAGAAGAAGCAAAACUGCUCUCCCCAAAUUCCUUGCGAGCCAAAUAUGGAAUAGACAUUUUGAGAAAUGCUGUCCAUGGGGCAUCUAACUUAUCUGAAGCAACAACUGUCAUCAGUAGUAUAUUCACAGAGGAUAAUCCUGAGGAUGAAGAACAUUCUUUUGGUUUCCCCAGCAGCAGCAGCAGCAGCACCAUCACCAUCACCCACUCUCACUCGUCCUUGUUACCCCACCCCUGCCUUCAAAGUGAAUACAGGGCAUUUGGGAUUGACAGAGACUUUAAUCAUCAGUUGGCGCCCAGCAACCCUGUGACCCGGGAAGAGCCCACUGGGUGCCCAGGAGCGGCAGGGAGCACCCCGCCGAAGCAUCUCCACAGGGAGUUCCCACCGCGGGGCCACCGGCACCUCUCCACCCCGCGCUGCCGCCACGGUGCAUCCCCCCCUCCUCCCCGGCCUCGCUCCCCAGCCUGCCCCUGGCGCCACGCUCGCACCCCAUGCCCGGUCCUGCCCGGACCUCUGACUCCCGCUGCGGUAUUUCCACACCGCCGGUGUGAGUCCCGCCUGCCCACCCGCAGGAGACCCGGCCCGGCCUUGCCUGGCUCCCUGGCCGCCUGGAGAGUUCUCCUGUGCACUCACUUUAGCUACGUGUGUGCGCUUAGGGCCUGA